AUCAAACUUCGAAUUUGGUCUUACUAGGUUUCUUAUCAGUUGAUAAUCUAAUUUUAUUUGGAAUCAAAUAUUAUUUACACAAUAUUUAAUUUUAUAAAGCUUAUUUCAAAAUUAUAAUAAAUAUUUAAUAUAUCAUGAUGAAAAGUGCUUCCUACUUAAUACUAAGCUACUUAAUAGCUAAAAUUUUUUGUACUACUUUUACGCUUAUUGAUUAUACCCCUAAUUUACUAGCUCCUCUCAAUCUAACCGAGUCUCAGAGGGUCAUUUACACAUGUAACCAUAAUCUUUGCUAUUCAAUAACUAGAUUUGGUUUUAUUGAUUGGACAGGCUAUAAAGAAGUAAUAAGACCAUGUGAAAAUGAAACAUUUUGUUAUCCUUUUCCAUCAGAUGAUACUACAGAUGUAUACACUAAUAGCAUAGGUACUUAGGUCAAAAUUUAUUGGAUAGAUCCUACAGAAAGAAAAUUUUAUAAUGUUAUAAUAGAUAAAUACAUUGGUACUUAUAUUACUUAUACAGUUUCUGAUGCUGUUAGAUUUUAGUAUCUAAAUGAUGUAAGUACAAUUUAUAUAGAAACAGAAACAUCUCAACAAGAAAAAUAGGUUUUAUUAUAUUCAAAUGGAUAAUAUUUCAAUUAUUUUUCAUUACCAAAAGAUUGCGUAUAUUGGAUUAUCUAAAAUUAAUUAAAGUUUUUGUUUUAUUAAAAUGAAAUAUAAUGCUAAUAAGGUACUUAAACACCUCAAAUCUACCAAUUAGAAGGAUAAGGAAUAAUAGAUCCCUUACAAUAAAUACAAUUCAUAAAUAUGUAGAUAUUUGUUAAAAUAUAUAUCCCUUAAACUUAAUAAAUGAGGUUACUUUAGUUUAAUGAAAUUGGAAAUUUAAUUUAUGAUGUGACAAUUCCAAACAUUAUUACAAUUGACUAAAUGUACUAAAUAUCCUCAGGUAUAAUAAAUGGAAUGAAUUAUUAUUAAUCUAACUCAACUUUGAUUAUAAAUACAAAUUAGACAUUCUACUCAGCAUCACUUUACACCACCACUCCUAUUAUUUUUUUUUAAAUGUAGUAUUUCAAUGUUUGGGUAUGCAACUAAUAAUAUUUCUAACCUUUUAUUCUUAAUUAGAGUGCUAUAAAUGAUACUUCAUCUUUAUAUUAAAAAUUAAAUUAACAACUACAUAUCAAUUUAAAUUAAAGCUAAUUAAGUUUAUAAUAAUAGCAGGAAGCAAUAAACUAUCAUCAAAUUAAAUUCCAUUAGAAUAAUUCAUAAAUUGGAUCUUUAUAGAUAGAUGACUAAGCUAUUUAUGACUAAAACCAUUUUCGUUUAAUAUAAAACCUGGUCAGUAAUUUCGAUGAAUAAAGCAGCUAAAUUCAAUAAUUGUAAGAUAGCGGGGCAUUAUACAUAAACAGUAAAUAGCCUUGUAUCAUCAAGCUUCAAAAUGGAGAUUAAAUUUAAGUGACUUCAUUAUAAAUAGAUCUUCAAUCUAUUACUUAUAAAGUAAAUUAGAAUUCUGUUUUAAAUUACUACUUUUCAGCCAAAGUAAAUGGAAAAUGGAUGCUUUUUAAAUCUAGCUUAAAAUAAUAAAUACAUUAUACAUAGGGUAGAGGGAGCUCUUUCACAUUUAUUACUAUUGCUCUUACUACUUAUUUCUUUUUAAGGGGUUCUAUUUACUUUUAUAGUGCCUUUGUUCACAGGAAAGAGUAUACUUAAAUGUAAGAAUUUAUAAUUAAAUAGACUUAAACAAAGAUAUCUGAAGAACUGUUUAAUAAAUGCUACACUAUUCUCACUGAUAACAAACUAGGAGAAGGUGCUUUUGGUGUAGUUUAUAAAUGCCAAUACACUCCAUCAGAGGAAUAUUCUUUUAUGAAAAAAUACAAAUAAAAUCAGAUGUUUGCGUGUAAAGUACUAACUAAGACUGAUUAAAAUAUGGAAAUGAUCACCUAAGAAAUAGAUGCUCUAGAGUCUGUCAGAAAUUGCUAAUCAGCUAUAAAAAUGAUUAAUUAUAGUAUUGGUAAUGAAAAAGUAUAUAUUGUGCUUGAAUUAGCCAAAUAUUCUCUUGAAGACUGCAUUUAAAUGAAAUAUGGUAACAGGUUCAGUGAUAACGAAAUAAUUUAAAUUGCUUUAGAUCUGGUAGAAGUGUUAGUAUAGCUAAGAAAUUGUAAUUUUAAUCAUAGGGACAUAAAACCUUCAAAUAUAUUGAUAAUGGAAGAUGAAAAUAAAAUUAAACUUACAGAUUUUGGUGCAGCUAAAAGAAUUAAUAUUUCUAACUUUACAAAAAAAAGCGAUGAGUUGAUUGGAUCACUAUCCUGGAUGGCUCCUGAAUUGGUUUAAGCAAUUGAGUAAUAUGAUGAAGAGUAAGAUGAUAACUCUCUUUCUUAAAUAGACUAUGAAAAAUGUGAUAUCUUUAGUCUAGGACUCACUUUGCUAUACUGUAUUUUAAAAAUUAAGCUAAAAGGAUGCAAUAGAUUUGAAUAUAUAUUGAAUAACUAUUUUAGUAAUUUAGAUAAAUAACAUUCUAAUAUAGACAAAGAAUUUCGUAUUCUCUUAAGAAAAAUGACAUCUUUCGACCCUAAAAAACGUCCUACAUGCUUCAUCAUAAGACAGCAUCUUCUUGAUAUUACUAGAUAAUCAUAUUAACAGCUUCUUCAACGAAGUGAAACCACACUUACAGUAAAUAAAUGA